AUGCCUAAGAGUGGCCAGAAAGAGCUGGAGCUGUCCUUCAUCGAUCAACAGCCGCAUAUCCGCGUCUACGGUCGUUACUACGUCAUCUUUCCUUUCCCAGGCCGCAAAAUCGAGAAUGCCGCCAUCAACGCGCUUAGAACUGGAUUUAAGGAGGUUUUGAGAAGAUAUCCAUAUCUUGCAGGCACAGUGGACAUGCCUGAUGCUUCCUCGGGACAGCUCCGAGUUCUCUACCCUGACCCUAUCAACAAUAUAGACAAAGAAGCAGAACGGGUAUUCACGGCCAGCAACUAUUCUGCCAAGGAUCCAACGUUCGAUUACAACAAGCUCCAGAAAGAUUCAUUCCUGCCAGAAGACCUUCCAGCCAAAGUCUUCUGCCCGAAGCUGGUCAAAUAUCACCCCGGACUAGAUGACGGUGACCCUUUCGCAGAACACGCUACUAGUAUGCGCAAGGGACCUUUGCCAGUCUUCGCCACACAAGCCUCGUUCAUUCCGAAAGGUCUAGUCCUCAGUGUAUGGUUCUAUCAUGCAGUCACUGAUGGCAAUGGCAACGCAAGGAUCCUAGAA